AUGGAGGAGUGGAAGCUGACGGCGCUGCUCUUCAUCUCAAGCCUGAGCCUUUGGGGCCUCUGCACGCUCCUGCUGCCCUGCGUCCCCGCCUUGGUGACCAUCCUGGGGCUGGGCAUCUUCAUGACCUGGUGUCCCAAGGGCGAGGCCAAGAAGCUCUGGAGAUGCUGGCGCUCCCUGGGCGAGAUGGAGGAGUGGAAGCUGACGGCGCUGCUCUUCAUCUCAAGCCUGAGCCUUUGGGGCCUCUGCACGCUCCUGCUGCCCUGCGUCCCCGCCUUGGUGACCAUCCUGGGGCUGGGCAUCUUCAUGACCUGGUGUCCCAAGGGCGAGGCCAAGAGCCCACCCGUGGCGCCAGCGCUGGGCCCCAGCCCCUGGCCUGGGCUGGCCCUUUUCUCCUCGGCCUGGAAGGCGCCCGGCCCCUCGCUCUGCGCCUGCUGCCGCUGGGCUGGGCUUGCCCCGGGUCCCCAAGCCCUCCUGCCCCAGAGCAUCCCAGAGCCGGCAGGGCUGGCUCCGGGCAGCUGGGGGACCACGCGGUCGGUCGGAAGGAACCAGCCCUCCGUCACCAAUGUGGAGGAGCUCGCCAGAUCCCUGAUGGAGUCCCUGGACGUGUCCCCGAUCUGCCUCGACCUGCUGGGAAAGCUGAAGGAAGCGCAGGCUAGCGGCACUCUAAGCCAGGAGGCCCUUGGAGAAGAUGCGGAGCUGAAGGUGGCUGAGGAGGAGGAAGAGCAGAGAAGGAGCCAUGAGCAGAUUGAGGAGAGCAGGCAGAGGCUGGCCAAGCUGCUCUUCGAUGGCACGCAGAUGGUGACCAAUAUCCAGGUGGCUGCUGACUUGAGGGAGACGCAGAGGAGGGCAGAGGAGGCAGAGCUGAAGCUGCGGAGGGUGGAGAAGCUGGAGAAUGAAGCCAAGUCGAGCACACACAAGUUUGAGGAGAUCAGCUCCAAGUGGGCCUUGGCCAAGGAGAUGAGGAUCCCGCAGGAGCUGUGGCAGCUGCUGAACACCCUCUCAGUUAGCCCCUGAGGAUUCCUGAUCAAAUACUUCUCUCUGAUUUCAGCAUCUCCUCUCCUCCUCCAGGAGCUGAAAAACAAAGACGAGCAAUACGUGCAGGCCAUUAAGAAGCAGUCGGAUGAGAUCCACCUGCUUUUGGAGAGAAUGGAGGAACAGAUCAGGACCAUGCUGAAAACUUACCGUCACAAACUCCUGCAGAUUGAGAAAGCUUUUGAGCUCGAACGGCGAGAGCUGCUGGACAAUAACAGGAAGAAGUGGGAGGAAGCCAUCCAAGCCCACAACGCACGGGAGCUGGAAUACCUGCAUGCCCGUAUGAGGAAGGUGGAAGAGUUUGAGAAACAGUUGAAUCAGCUGCGGGUGGAGGAUGAGGAGGAGUAUAACAGCAUGAAGAUCCAGCUGGAGAACGAUGUGCAGAACCUGGAGAGGCAGCUCCAGCAGAUGAAAGCCGUCUAUCAGCUGAACCAGGAGAAGCUGGAGUACAACCUUCAGGUGCUGAAGAAGCAGGACGAGGAGAACACCAUCCUCAGAUCCCAGCAGAAAAGGAAGCUCAACCGGCUCCACAGCUUGCUCAAUAACCUGAGAACAAAACUGGCCAAACAAGAGAAGCAGCUGCGAGAGGAGAACCAGAGCCUGGCAGCCGACUGUGAGCGCAUCGCGGGGCAGUGCAAGGAGGUGCAGAGGAGGAUGAGGCACUUUGCUGUCAGCGACGCCGAGAAGUUCACGGAGGUCUGGCUUAUGAACGAGGAGGAAGCCAAAGGGCUGAUGAGGAAAGCCCUCGACGCAGAUCGCAUCAUUCACACCCAGCAACUGGGGCUGCCCUGGGAAGAGCCUCGUUACUGGUUCCUGAACAACGUCGGCCCCCUCGGGCGUUACAAGGCGAAGAGGAUGGCGACUGAGCUGGCUGCGGAGGUGCUGGCAGAGAGCAGCUCUGGAGGACGGGAGGAGGAAGAGAGAGAGAAGAAGGAACAAGUGGGUAGUGGAGAAGGAGGAAAAGAAAACACGGCGAAGGUUGAGGAUAGAGUCACACCUCUGCGAAAUAUCUCCAAGACGACUGCCAAGAGGAUCCUGGAGCUCGUGAGCGACGAGUCGGGUUUCCUCAUUGAGAGCAAGCUGCUGAGGCCCCUGGACGCGCUGGGGAGGCAUGAGCGCACCCUCAUGAAGCUCGACUCCAUCUUUGCGGCCCUCGAGAUCGACAGCGAGGAUGACCUGUACCAGCUGGUGGAUUUUUUCCUGAAGUACAAAGCCCAGGAGGUGGCUGGCAGCCAGAGCCAGGGCAGCCCAGGUGGAGAAGACGGCAUGGAUCCGGCUGAGGACAGAGAGGACGGGGGAUGCGGUGCCCAGAGGGACGAGCUCAAAUCCCCUCGGAGCUCACCGGGCUGCCUUCCAUCUGUGUACAUCCACGCUGAUGAUGUCCUAAAGAUCCUGAAAGCGUUUGUGCGGGAUUUUGACAAGCUGAGGGAGAAGGAUGGAUCAGCAAAGGAGGUGCCACAGGUACGGGACAGCUCUGAGGAUGGGGAGUACUGGGAAGCCCUGGCACACGUUAUCCCCGAGCCGACGUUGAAGCUGUGGGAUGCGUUGGCGGUGGCACUGGAGGAAUAUUACGAGGUCCUCACGCGCAGGGCCGGCCUGCUCGCCGAAGCGGCCGUCCUGCAGCAGCAGAACUCGGAGCUGUACCUGCUGCUGGAGGCGUACGUCAGCUCCGGGGUGAACAGCGAGUUGCUCUCCCCUCCCACGCAGCGGAUGGAUCUGAAGCUGCCCUGCCCCGGGAAAGCGCAGUGA